AUGGAAGAAAAAUUAUAUGAAAAACAUUUUUUUGAUAAGUACAUAAAGAUGGACAUACCUGAUAAUUAUUUGGAUGCAUCAAGAUUUAGAAUAAUUCCUGAUAAUCAAGAAGUAUAUGUUCAUAAACAUGAUAAUAGAUGUUUUAUAAUUGAAGUAUUAUGUUAUGAAGUUAUGGAUGAUAAUGAUAAAAGUAAGUAUUAUUUUAAUGAUUUAGCUAAAGAAAACGGAAGUAUAGAAAAUAUGAUAAUUGUAAAUAAUAAUUCUUUAUCACAUGUACAAAGAAAUUAUAAUUUAAUUGUAGGGAAACAAAAAAUUAAAAAACAAAAUGAAAAUAAUUAUGAAAAUGUUUUCUUAUAUAUAGGUAUAUUUCCAUAUAAAGAAUAUAAUGCUGAUAUAUUAAUAACAUGGAAUGUACCAAAAGAUAAUUUUAAUAUACAUCCAGAAUUAGAUAUAUUUAACAAUAUGUUAAAAUCAUUUAGGAUUCUUGAUUAUCAAUUAUUUGUUUAA